AUAGUUGGCAGCCCGCCUACGUCGCCCCCGUUGCCCACCUGCUUUGGCGACACCAAAACAAAUCGAACCCCUACUCGGCCAGCUUUCUGACGACGGGAGACGGCAAAGGCUCUUGCUCAGUAACCCUCAUCACCCAAAGCUUGCUUCUUAUAUCCCACCAAGAACAAUACCAACAGUAGCGACCCUCGCGCUUGUGGGAAUGAGCUUUCAGUCGGGUGACACCGUUCGCGUCCGCGGCUCGUCCGUGGUUUACAAGGUGGUUGCCGUAAAUAACAACCUGGUGACCAUCUUAAUUUCCAACCCUCAGCCUGACGGCCAGUACCUUCCUUUCACUUCGACGGCGCUACAAACGGUAGACGAGUCCCGACUUGAGAAAGCCGACGAUGUUUCCUGAGUUUCGAGGUUUCGGUCCCGACUUUCGGACAUGUUUCUGCAACGUUACCCGAUCCCUGAUGCGAUUAGACGACGUGCAUUUGUUGUUCCGGAGAGC